CGUUAUAAGCGGUGUUCUGCGGCUGCGCGCUGAUUCAAGCAUGAAGAACGGCGGUGGCCUCGUUCUUCUCUGCGCUCUGGCAGCCGCGCUCUGCGCCGCGCACCACGCGCACGGACUCACCUGGCGCCACUCCCAGCACUGUCAGUGGGAUGGGUGGGGCCUGCGGUGCAAACAAUGCAAAGACGGCUUCUACCUGCAGGGGCCAGGACUGAGCUGCACUCCCUGCAACUGUCACCCAACAGGGGCCAUCAGCGCCACCUGUGACAGCAAGGGGCGCUGCAGCUGCAAAGACGGCGUCGCUGGAGAAAAAUGCGACCGCUGCACCAAUGGAAUAAUGGGUCUGAAUGGAUGUUCAUCAAGGCGUCAGCUCAGAGAGGAUUCUGGGAAUUUACCGUGUUUCUGCUAUGGACACAGUAGUCUGUGUUCAACACAAUCUGGUUUCUCAGUCCACAACAUCAGUUCCACCUUCACCUCCGGUUCUGAGGGUUGGAAGGUGACCACAGCGGAAGGUGACCCCCCCCGUGACGUUCUCUUUCGCUGGUCACCCAAACACCAGGACCUGGAGGUGAUUUCCAAAGAAAGUUUGCCCAUUUACCUAAGCGUGCCAGACUCAUACCUGGGCAACCAGCUGCUGAGCUAUGCUCAGAACUUCUCCUUUCUGCUGCGAUUGGACCGUGGAGUACGUCGCCCAUCAGCUGCUGACGUGAUUCUAGAAGGCGCUGGUUUGAAGGUGUCAGCCUCGCUAGGGGACCUGAGCUCCGUCGUGCCUUGUAGUCAGAAGAUUGGCUAUAGCUUCAGGCUGGACCAGCAGCUUGGCAGCGGAUGGAGGCCUCCACUUUCCUCCUUCCAGUUCCAGAAGCUUCUCCAGAACCUCACAGCCAUCAGGAUCCGGGCUACGUUUGGAGAAGCUGGACGGGGUUACCUGGAUAACGUGAAUCUAGUUUCGGCCCGACGUGGAGCUGGUGUCCCGGCCCGGUGGGUGCAGACCUGUAUCUGCCCUCCGGGACAUGAGGGCGACUCGUGUGAGCGCUGCUCAGCCGGGUUCAGGCGCAGCAUCCCUGCGGAUGGAGCAUUCAGUCCCUGCAAGCUUGGUGGCUACGACUCGGAGAACCCGGACCAUUUCUCUGCAGAUGAGACGCCCACAAUGCAGCGCUGCCAAUCAGGGUUUUACAGAGACCCAAGGCAAGGGGGCUUCUGUGUGCAGUGUCCCUGCGCAGAAGGGGAGUCCUGCUCACUGCCUCCUGGUUCGGUUUACCCUCGAUGUGACCGCUGCCCACCAGGAACCAGCGGUCCUGGAUGUGACACUUGUCAGGAAGGAUUUUUUGGCGACCCGGCCAGUUCCACAGGCGAACGGCGACCCUGCAAACCCUGUAACUGUGACGCUCAAGGAGCUGAGUCCAAACAGUGCGACACGUUUGGCCGCUGUACCUGCAGGCUGGGCUUUGAGGGUCCAACAUGCCGCAGGGCUAGUUGUCCCGCAUGUUUCAGCCCAGUUCAAGCAAAGUUGGAGGAGAACACCGCCAAACUGGCUGAGCUGGAGAGUCUGUUACCAGACCAGGACACUGGUCCAAGACCAGCUGACUCUGCCAAGAUGGAGGCUGCCCUGAAGGUCACAGGGGAGCUGCUGAAACGCCUGGAGGAGACGGCAGAGGAGCUGAAAGAAAUAGAGAAAGGACUGCAGGGUCGACUGUCGUCUGUGAGAAAGACUCGGUUGACUGAGAGGCAGGACAUCCGGGACAUUGCUCGUGAGGUCGACACCAUUGUAAAACAACGACAGACUUACGAGACAAAGGUGAAGGAGGUGCAGGCACUGAUGGAGGUGAUGGGACGGAAGAUGGAAGAGGCCAAGUCAAAACUCAGAUCAGUCGAAGUUCCAGUUAGCGACGCUCCACUAAGUCCAAACAACCUGACUUCUCUCGUGCCAAAAGCCUCCAGCCUGGCUGACCAACACCAGAAAAAGGCAAACGCUGUGGAACAAACGGCCAACGAGGCGCUGAGCGACUCAGAGAAGAGUCUGGCUCUGCUGAGGACUCUGACAAACCGAGAGAACAAAGUCAAGGAGCUGAUCGGGGAUCUGAAAGCACUGUACGAUCAGAAUUUGGCUGAGGUCAAGAUUUUGGAGAAGGAGGCGAGCCGGCUGAGCGACGCAGCCACAGAGGAGAGCAGAAUGGCUGACGGCAUGUUGAAAGACAUCGCCAUCAUGGAAGGGAGAAUCCUGGGAUCAGGAAAGGAGCAGAUAGACACCUUGGCAGCCAGGCUGGAAGGGACAAAGGAGGCGGUGAAGAGGAACAUCUCAGACCUGGAGGAUCUGCAGACUGAGGUGCAACAAGACCAGGCUGCAGUUGAAGACCUGCUGGAUGAAGGCAGAGACGGCCUCAAGGAGUUUAACAAGCUGCUGGACAGAGUCAACGCUGCCAAGGCUGUGAUGGAGGACGCCCUUAAACGCAUCACCAGUAACAACAAUGAGCUUGACAGCGCCCUCAACGGCCUGCAAGACUUCGAGCAGCAGGUGGAUGGCAGCAAGACUCUGGCUGAUGAUGCCACCAAACGUCUCCCAGCAAUAAACGCCACCAUCCAAAAGGCUGCUGGGAACAACGCCUUGACUCAGUCUGUGCUGACAAACGUGUCUGCAGAUCACAGCGAUGCACUAGAAGCUAUCAACGCGCUAAAGGGCCUACUCAGCAGCGUGAAGGAAAGCGUUGGAAAUCUGCCGGAUCACUCCAGCUUGGGAGGAGGAGUCGCCAGCCUCAGCACGGAGGCAAUAGACCUGAAGACGGCGGCAGACCAGACAGCUAGAGGCCUGGAAGCAGAUCUGAAUGAGGCCGGAGCGUUAAAGGAUGAUGCAGAGGAGGUGGCUGUGGGAGCGGCUGCAGCUUCAGACAAAGCCAAGCGUGGCAGAGACGCAGUGGCUCUAACUCUGCAGGACAUCAACACCCUGCUGGCUGACAUGGAUCGUUCUGCUGUGGGUGAUGAUCAGCUGAAGCAGCUGGAGGACUCGCUGUCUAGAGUUCGGGAGGAGGUGCACGGCCGUCUCAGGUCCCGGCUGCAGGACAUGCGGGAGCAGGAGGACGCUCAGCGCCGCCAGCUGUCUGGGAUCAGCAUGGACUUGGACCGGCUCCUCGCCGACGUUGCUAACCUGGAGGAGAUCCUGAAUUCGGUCCCCAGUGGCUGCUACAACACCGCCCCCAUCGAGGAGGCCUGAACGGCGCCCCUCCUUGGAGGAGGAACUGAAGAUGAAAUGAAAAAGUCUCCAAUAUUUUGCACAAAAAUAUGAUCUCUCUUUGUCUUAGCCAAACUUCUUCGCCAGGUGUUGCCUUCACUGUCUCAUGGAAAUGUCAGUUUCAAAAUGAUCUGGUUUGCUGUUCUCUGAUUCUGGCACCUGAUUUUACAGCAGCAGAUGAGAGAACUGUUGAUAAAUCUGAAUUUGUUAUUUAUUCAAAGCUUGAAAGAAGAUUUCAGAAAAGGCAAUAUUUCAGAGGAAGAGAUUUAUUCAUGGAAGAAGAUUUCAAAAGAUUGAAAAGAUGCUUCUCUAACAGGAAUAAGCAUCUGAUUACAGAAAAAAAUAAGAAAAACCAAUUCAAAUGUUCAAAACUGAAUUAAGAUUCCUUUGUUGAAGAAGGAAAAUUCUGUGUGGACUUCUGAAUCUCUUUUAUGGUUUCUAACCGAAGCAGUAAUUUCUCCUUCCUGCUUCUUUUCUUUGUCAUGUUGUUAUAGAGUUUUUACCUGAUCUGUAUUAUUUCAGAGCCAAAUAAAUGAAAGUAUCAUUGUUUUUCUA